GUGCACGCGUCGGUCUGUAGCACGACACCCAUCAACAUCGGUGGCUGUUGCCGCUGCGGGGCCAAGUUUACUUCUUCAUAAACUUCGUUCACGAUGGAUUGGAAGAACUCCUGCUUGGCUGCAUCCUCUAGCUGGGUCCUCUUGAGCUCGUUGGCUGCAUCCUCCAGUGUCGGCAGAACGUCUUCUGUCAACUGGAUGUUGGACGGUUCAGGGUGUCCUCCUGGAGUGUCAUACAGGUCCUGGUAGAGGCCGACACUCUUACUACGCUUGACGAGCGCCACAUGGCCGUCCCUAGUCUCCAACACCGCUGCGACGCCCACUUUUCGUGAUAGGAAGACAAAGCGAUCGUUGUGAAGCAUUUCGCCAUCUUCCAGAAGCUGCGGGGCUAGCGAUGAGCAGCACGUGCCCAAAUACGACGCAUAAUCGGUCAGCCCCCAGUUCAUCUGAAGUUGGGAAGAGGGAUGAUCUUCUGACAGUCCUUGGAAACGGAACUUUGAGGCAUUGAAGAGCCUCGGCGUCUGGCGCUUAAGAUCUUCCCAAUUCAGCGUCUUCUGUUGCUCAAUUGAGGGAUCUGGAUGUACGAGGCGGCUGAAGCGACUCGAUAGACAGACAUUCACCUGGUCCACUGCCAACGGAGCCUUGAAGCUGCGUACCGAGAAGCUCAUGAGGCGGCGCAGCGGCAGCAGCAUCGAUCGACCGCGUCAGUAAAGCGCCAGCCCAAUAUUUGGGCAUUUUGCAUUAUUAAUUGAGUAAUUGAAGAUUUUGGGUCUUGAAGAAAAAUGAACCCUGAUCCAUUUUCCCAUACCGGUAUUGGAGCUCGAAGAGAAGGAAACGAAGCGAUGCAGAGUCUGUUCCACGGCGUGCGCGAGUAUCUGACGCCUGUGCUGACCGAGUCGUCGUUCGAGGACAAGGGACUACUCACACCCGAGGAAUUCGUUAAGGCUGGAGACCUGCUUGUGUAUAAGUGCCCCACAUGGCGUUGGGAGAGCGGCGACCCUAGUAUGAGACGCUCGUACCUGCCGGCGGACAAGCAGUUUCUCAUCACUCGCAACGUGCCGUGCCGCCGCCGUGUGACAUCUCUGGAACAAAGCUAUCAAACGGAGGAGGCAGUCGAGGGAGAAGAAGGAUGGGUUGCUGCCUCUUCGUACGCGACCGAGGGUGGCAGCUCCAAUGCCGUCACAGAUUUGAGCGAUGAAAUGGGGGAAAUCUCGCUCUCAGACCCAGAACUUCGAGAUUUGAGUUCUUACGAGGAGGAAGACAAUCUCGUGGAGGAUGACGAAGCAGCGCUUGGCCCCUCAACCAGCAGCUACCUCGUAGCCAGCGAACCCGACGAUGCAGAAGUCGCCAUCCUUCGCACACGCACGUACGACCUGUCUAUCACCUAUGACAAGUACUACCAGACACCGCGCGUGUGGCUCUUUGGCUACGACGAACGGAACGCUCCACUCAGCGGUGACCAGUUGUUCGAGGAUAUCAUGCAGGACUACGCGAACCGUACCGUGACUAUGGAGCCACAUCCGCAUCGCAGUGCCCUGGUCCAUGCCUCCAUCCAUCCAUGCCAACACGGCGCCGUCAUGAAGCGCAUCAUCGCCAACCUCAAGAUGCGCCAACCCGGCGAGACAGAGACGGAAGAACAGGCGGCCAACGAAAUCCGAAGCGACCAAUAUCUUUUCCUGUUCUUGAAGUUCAUCCAGUCGGUCAUCCCUACUAUUGAUUAUGACUACACGAUUGAGGUGAACGCCAAGCAGUGAGAGAGACUUAAAUCACUUGCAAGGUAUCAUUAUGCACGAAUAAUUGCUAAAAUUAUCGCGUGGCCUUGUGUUUCUCGACUGGAAUGUUGAGCAACUUAAUCCGAAUUAGGUUGCGCCAAAACUGUUUU